CAAAGAGACUAUAUAUUUCAUCCAUCCUUAUUUUUCACUAAUUCCUACUUUCUUCAGAUAAUUUUUUCCACAAAGUCAGGAACUGUUUCAGUAAGUGUAUAGUCUGACACAGGCUAAGGGGAGGAGGAGGAUUUACAACAGUUUAAAUGGGCUUUACUUCUGCUCUGGCUGUAGGGUUGGAGCAGUGCUGGUCUUGCUGCGACGGGUGGGUAGCAGCCUGUAGGACACUUGUGUAGCAAUAGGCGAGGUCCUCAGGGAGCCGUGACCGCGCUCUGUGCAGCCAGCCUCAGCCUUCCACCAUGGUUGCCCCAGGAGCGCUGCUGGUGCUCACAGCCGCGCUGGUCCCAGCUGAGGUGGGCCGCAGACACCAUGUCCCUGCGGCUCUGCAUCACUGCGAGGCGCCUCUCCGGCACCAGCCAACAGAAAACAUCAGUUUUCCCGCAAGGGCCGCGUUAAGCUUUUACAAGCAGACCCCGGGCCGUGGCUCCUCAGCCAUUUUGGGUCGAGUUGCCGAAACUGACAGACUUUGCCCGUAGGGCUGGCGGAGAAGCUCCUGGGCGCAACCUGCGCUCUCUUCGCGCCUCUCCCGCCUCAGCCGGCUGCGAGGCCCUCCCGACCGUCACCCCGCGCCGCCCGGCCGCUGCUCGCCACCGGGGAUGCCCCGCACAUGCCCAGUGGCGGGGCGGGCGCCGGCCGUGAGUCAGUGGCGGCGCGGCUGACGGGCAGGGGCGGGCCCGGCGCGGGGGGCGGCUCAGCUCGGCCCGGCCCGGCCCGGCCCGGCCCGCCUCGCCCGGGCGAUGCCUCAGCGCGGCAGCGGCGGCUGCGGGGGGGCGGGCGGGUAGCGGCAGCGGGGACGAGCGCUGCUGCCCUGCCUUUCCCUGCCCGCCGCUGGCCCUUCCUCCGCCUCCUCCCGCGGCCCCCUCCCCCGCUCCGGUGCCCGACCCAGCCGCCGCUCCGGGCAGGGAGGAAGGGCUGGGAGCCGCCUCCCGCUGCCCCCGGCCGCCCCCCUCCCCAUGCAGCCCGGCCCGCCGCUGGGAGCCCUCCCCGGGGGGAUGUUUCUGCGGCCGCUGCCGGGAUAACCGGCGCGCCGUCCGCCCCCUCCCCGGACGGAGGAUGCUGCCCGCGUCGUGGCGGGUUCCGACUCGGGCAGCAGCGGCCGCGUCCCCCUCCUCGGCUCCGGGCAGCGUCGCCGGGGAGAGAUGACUUCAAGGCACCAGGCGGACUGGAUCCCUUACAGUGUUCUGGAUGAUGAGGGGAGCAGCCUGCGUCAGCAGAAGCUUGACAGGCAGCGAGCGUUGCUGGAGCAGAAGCAGAAGAAAAAGCGCCAGGAGCCAUUAAUGGUUCAGUCCAAUGUGGACAGUCGCACAAGGACACGCAGAAUGAAACAUUCAGAAGAACAAGCACCAUUGGUUGAAUCAUAUCUUAACAGCAACAGCAGCACCAUAUAUCAUGUGCAGGAGGCCGAACAGGAAGAUGUAAAGGUGGUAGUGGAUGCCCAAGCUCCGAAACCAACUAAAAAAACCAAGGCUGCAGCUGCGAGCUGUCAGACUGGCAGCACCAGAAAGGAGAAAAAAGGGAAACACAAAGGGAUUGAUGGCCCAGCUGCUUUUCAAGAUGAUGUUCAGAAGAUAGGAAGUCAGGUGCAAAUUCUUACUGUUGGACAGUCUAGCCAUGAUGAAGAUGAUGGAGAGAAAACAGCUAGUGGCCAACAACAGCAAAGCAAACAAGAUCUUAGAACAGCAAUGCAGAAAAAAGAUCCCCAUGCAAAUACAUCCUGGUCCUCUUCAACCUCCCAGUCCAGUCUUGUCGCGCUGGAUCAUGUUCCUGGCAUUUCAAGCAGCAUGAAUUUUGAUGAGGAAGAAGAUGAGGAAGAUGAAGACAGCUCCAGUUCUUCACAGUUAAACAGUAAUACCCGGCCUGGUUCUGCCACGAGCAAGAAAUCCAAUAAGGAAGCGGCCUCAGCCCCCAGUCCUUCCACAAAUGAGCCUCUUAUAGAUGUCGAUGACCUGGAGGAAUUUGCCAUAAGACCUGCUCCACAGGGUGCCACUGUCAAAUGCAGAAUCACAAGAGACAAGAAGGGAAUGGACCGAGGGAUGUACCCUACUUAUUACCUCCACUUGGAAAGGGAGCAUGGUAAAAAGGUGUUUCUGUUAGCUGGAAGGAAACGAAAGAAGAGUAAAACCUCUAAUUACCUCAUCUCUAUAGACCCAACUGACCUGUCUCGGGGUGGAGAGAGUUUUAUUGGAAAACUGAGAUCAAAUCUUAUGGGAACUAAGUUUACAGUUUAUGACAAUGGAGUAAAUCCAAUGAAAACAACAUCAAGCCUGGAGGCGAGUAUCCUGCGUCAGGAGCUAGCUGCUAUUUGUUAUGAAACAAAUGUCUUGGGGUUUAAAGGACCACGCAAAAUGAGUGUGAUCAUACCAGGAAUGAAUAUGGACCAUGAAAGAGUUUCCAUCAGACCACGAAAUGAACAUGAGACGCUUCUUGCAAGAUGGCAGAACAAAAAUACAGAGAGUGUCAUUGAGCUGCAUAACAAAACACCAGUCUGGAAUGAUGACACCCAGUCCUAUGUUUUAAAUUUCCAUGGUCGAGUCACACAGGCCUCAGUGAAAAACUUCCAAAUUAUUCAUGAUAAUGAUCCUGACUAUAUAGUGAUGCAGUUUGGCCGCGUGGCUGAGGAUGUGUUCACCAUGGACUACAACUACCCAAUGUGCGCGCUACAAGCCUUUGCCAUUGCCCUUUCAAGUUUUGACAGCAAGCUGGCUUGUGAGUAGAGGGGCAUGGGUGAGCAUCCUCUCAAAGGAAGCAGUUUGCUAUAUGAUUCCCAGUUCCUGCUGGUGUCACUUAUGGUCCAUACUAAACAGGGCAGGGAAAAUGCAGUUGUGGAGGAUCACUCUAUUGCUGAAGAGAAAGUAAAAGGAAUCUUCUAAAAAUUCAGGACAUUCAGGAAAUGUCUUUUCCUUUUUUUUCUGUCAUAUUUUUCUGGAAGUGACAUCAAGUUUGUGUAAAUAGAAGUUCUCUCUCAUGUCCUUGAAUAUGUUAUGGAGAUGUGCCAUGAUGUACUGUACCGUGGCUCUAGUAGCACCAUUAUAACGGUGUCUUUUUUAAAUCCAGAAAGGGCGUGCACGCUCGAAAAGUUCCUUUUUACAUUUAAGAAUUAUUCUGAGGCUGCAAUCGUACCUCAAGGUUGCAUUCCUACAUCAACUAAUCAGAGCUCCACAUCAACCAACGUAAAAGAAAGAUCACAGAAAAGAUGCACUUUUUUGAAUGUGCAAGGAUCUCGUGUAGUAUAAAGCAAAGUCUGAAGGUUGAAAACCUAUAUUGGACUGAACUUGAUGCAUUGCUAUUGUAUAUGUAGUAGGGCAUGAUGAAUUUUAAUUGCAGUAGGAGGAAAUGGAGAAGUAGUAAGCACAAAAUAAUGUUGCACAAGUCACUUGAAUUCUAAGCUGUCAUUAUGUUUCAACAUCUACAUGCUUUUUAAUUUGUUUCAAAUGAAAAUGUUUUUGGAGUACAGAAAAGGAAAACAUCUAGGUGCCAAGAAAGCAGAACUUAUGUUGAAUUUGGCAUGUCGCGUGUUGGGAAUUUAUACCCUUGUAUUGCUGUGGUAAUUCAAACAUAUAUUUUGUAUGAAGUGAUACAAACAGUUGGAUAAAGGCUCUCUGCAGAGAAUCUUAUUAUUUUGACCAGGCUGUGUAAAGCUGAAGAAGGUAAAUGGAAAUAUUUUAUUAAAUUUGUCUGGCCUUUUGCGAUUUUACAAGUUGUUGAUUGCAUUAUUUGAACUUUCAGCAACAACCACUUUUCAUAUUUAUUUCCCAUUGUAAGAACACUUGAAAUCGAUUGAAACUGUGUAUGUUGUUCUUUAAUGUAAACGUGCCAGCUACUGAGCUAAAUCUUUCUAGGCAAAUCUAGUGUAUGCCGCAUACAAAUGAGACACUGGCGGGACACAAAAUAGGUUAAAAUAGUGUGGCUUUUUUGGUGGUUUUUUUUUCCUGAUUUAUCUGAAAUAUAUAAACAAAUACCAUUUCAAAACAAACAAAGAACAAGCCAUUCUCUUCUCUUCUGAACAUCUCAAAAGUUAGGAGCUGCAACUGAAAGCACACUGUAAAACACCUUUAAAAAUAAUGGUCUUUCUGCCAUGUUCUGUACAAUGUUAUCCUAAAUAGUGCACAAAAUAAUAGAAUUUAUAUGUAGUUCACCCAGAAGGGUAUUGAAAUGUGAAUGAAGUAGUUGUGGUUUAUACUGUGUGUAUUCAGAUCGCCUUUUUUAGUCUUUACAUACUCUUGCAUUGCACAACCAAAGAUUAUGUAAUGAGAAAAAUGAGAUCAAAUCUGCUUGUCUUAUAGCUGUCAGUCUCUUUCUGACAAUAGGGGACAGGCCAUAAUGAGAGGUUGUGCCAUUUGGACUGUGUAAUUUCAACUAAAAAAAGAAAUCUGCUCUCUUCUUCACAUUUGCCUUCAGGUGUCCUUCCCACUAUACAGACAAGGAAAUUUCAGAUAAGAGAUGGAAAGAAGUAAUUGCCAGCAUUUUUCCUAAUAUUUUUUAAAAUCUAUUGAAAAAUGUCUGCUGGCUUUCAACAGUGUUUUGUUGAUGGACUCAGCCUGUCAAAUGUCAUCUUUCAAUAACAGGAGGCUCUUUCAUUGUUUUUUUAAUUCAAAUCUUGUUGCAAGAAGCCUUUCCACACAGUAAUAUAAAAUGGAAAGACACCUUUUGUUUGUGAGAAAUGAGCAGUGAGUUCCCUCAACGAAUGAUCAAAAUUCGUGAUCAUGAGCUGCAGUGUGAUACUGAGGCUUUGCACAUGGAUGCUUUGCUUUCCCCUGUAGUUGGUGGUUUCCCACCACUUCACAUCCCCAUCUGUGAUCUCACUUUGGAUUUUAACAGAGAAGGCCCUUAGGCCUCUUGCCAGUCUUUAAAAACUAGCUCCAGUGAUAACCAGAAUUUUUGUUUAGACUACUGCAAAACCAGUCAGGGAUACCCACUGCUGGUAUUUCGGUGUGAUGAGCAUUUAAAGAAUCUGCAGCAUGGGAAGGGCUGAACCUGCAUAGCUUUAAUUCUGUGGCUCUCCAGUCAUGUUUUCUUUAAAGCCUGAAAAAGUGGCACUGACAGUUCCCUGUCUCUCUCUGUGCACAACACUGUGUCAAAGGAACCAAGUGUCUUUAUGGUGCAAAUACACAAUCUGCUGGCUUUAAUAGUGGAGUUGGUUUAGGAAGGAUUAUUUUAAACAUGGAUCAUAACAAUGGUCUGACUUGCAUCAUGGCCCCACAGGGAACUGGCCCAAAAGGGAAGCUCAUGUGCAGUGAACUCCUGCAAAAGGGUGAGAAUGAGAGGCUGGAGAAAGGCAGAGUUCAGUUUCCUGGGACAGUUUUGCUGCCAGCACAUUGUAUAACUUCACUCUCACUGUAUGUUCUUCCCAGCCAGGUAUUUUUUUAACCUGUAAGCAUGCCAGGAGGAAAGCAGUGACUCAAAUUCCCAUCAUCUUAACAGAAUUGUACAGGGACAUCAGCCAACAAGCUGCUGAGGAAAAAAUUCCCCACCAUAAGUUGAAGUCACUAGAGGGGGAUGUUAACCUGGGACUAAGAGGAAUGAGGAGCUCUUAUUAAAUCUGGUUCAGUUACAGUAGGAUUGUGCCUAGUGGCCAUUGCCAAAACCCUAAUUCCUCACUGAUGUUGAGCAAGGGACUAGGUUCUUUUGAUUCAUUUGACCAUUGCCAUCUGCUCCAAAAGCAGUUGCUUUUUACUUAGCAUCUGGAUAAUUUCUGAUGGACAUUUUCUGGUGCAGGUUGCUUUUUGUGAUAGCAUAAGUUUUCCAGCACAUCUCCAAAUUUUGUUUUUCUAACUUGGUAAAGUCACAGCAGGUUCUGUCUUAACAUACGGUCAUACCUGAGAUUACACACUCCUCACAAAGUUAGUUUUUCCUCCACACCAGUAACAAAAUCUUGGCACCAGUAUGUAUUUUCAGAGCUAUAUUCAUGCUAACGUAACCAAGGAGCAAGUAGUGGCAUACUCAUAUUAGUAAUAGCUUCUGCAGGACGUGCAUGUCAGUGUACAUUACCUUGUUUACUUAGUGUCACAAAGAAUAUAAAGGCACUGAGCUGUGUAUUUCCAUUGCAUAGUCCUAGUGAGUUUUUGGAUACAGUAGAUUUAAUAUUAUUUAAAAUCCCAGUAUUGAUGAUUUUUUUUCAUCUGCUGUUGAUUUUGGCAGAGUUGUAAACAACUUCCCUGUCUGAAUCGCUUAUAGGCAAAUAACUGCAUGCUUUAAUGAGAGUUCUUAAUCUGUCACUCUGUUUACAUCAAACAGUUUCUCCCUGGCCCUUUAUCUAGUUUUCUUCAUCUCUGAUGUUCUCUUCCUUCUCAUUCUCUUCACAAUCCCUUUAUCUUUUCCACAAGGAUGUGCAACUCAAAAGCGUUUGACAAUAUUACUCAGUGAUCUCUCCACAGAUGAAUAGUGCCUUCGGUGCACAUCCAAUGAUGCUUCAGCAAUAGAAGCCAGAUCAGAGUGGUGAAAUUGGCCCUUUGGCUUUUCAGUAGAGUAAAUUAACACAUUAAAAGGUAGCAGAUAAAAAAGCUUGCCUAAAAUAUAAUCAGAAUUUUUCUUAGUAAACAUUCAGUAAUCGGAGUUUCCAAACCAUUAGUUGCAAAUCAAUGAGCAGCUCUGUCCACAAGCCUGGAGGCAGGCUGUUAGAUUCCCUUUGUAGUGCUGCCUUAUUUUUCCUUUUUCAAAAGGUUGAAAGUGAUUCUGUGAGCUGAAGUGUGUUCAUGCCCUAAAAUAGUUUAUUUUUUAGAAACUAGAAAUCUCUCCUUUUGUAGAAUAAUAUAUGGCACAUAAAACAGUAAUGUUGUAGGCCAUUGUUAGAAAUUCUGAUGCUAAGAAGUCUGUGAGAAUGGUUUUGUAAUAAUUACUGUGCAAAGCUCUCACUAUUCAAGUUGCCUUACAAUAGUGAUGGAGUUCCCAGCUGGCUGUCCUCGUGAGGUACUAGAACUGAAGGAGCUUUAGUGGAAAGGGCUCUGUAACAAAAUCCGAUAGCUGGACAAUCGAAAAACAUCAUUGUGGAGUCAAAUGACACCAGAGUUUUUUCGGUCAUGGUGAACCAGUGCCAUCCAUUUGAACUUUCUCAUUUUUUGCUCCCUUUUGAUGAACAAAAGGAGGGGCUUUCAGCAAGCAGAGCCAUCAGAGAGGUUUCUGCAAGUAUAAGCCUACUUUUCUACCUAUAAAAAUCUUACCCCUACCUGAGUGCUGCCCAUUAAAAAUGAAGGAAAUCAACCUACUCCUUAGUAUAGAAAAUCACUCCCAGUUCUUAUGGCUUAGAUUUUUACAAAUUUUUUUUUUAUUAUAUAAUUUAUUAGUGAUUUCACAUAAAGAUACAAAAAGGACUGGAUGUCACACGGCAAACAAGAGUUCUUGCCCUGAAGAGGUGGUGACUGUAGACCAGUAUCAGAAUAUUUGUCUUUUUGAUUAUUUUAGUAGGAUAGGACAGGGGGUUGCCUGGUGUUUCAGGCAGAGAGAGUUUCUCCUGAUAUGUGGCAGGUGUCAGAGGGAAGAUUUUGGGUUUGAUCCUUUGGCAUUCUAACUAGUUCUCCCAUACUAUCCCAUUGCACUCCUAAAACAUUAUUUGCAAGAUUUUUCCUGGUUUUUAGAGAAGCAUGCAUUCAUCAACAAAGUAUCUUUGCUUGGCAAAUAAGGACAGCAAAUGUGAUAAAGCAGAAGUCACCUUGAUUAGAAUUAUAGUCUGAUAACUCUUGGAUUUAUCAAAAGGCCUCAUAGGUUACUAGAAGAAAGUAGUUUUAUACAUAUAAAUCUUGCACUAGAAUUACUCUAACUGUAGAUGCAGGCUUCUCAUGUAUGUGCUACUUGAUGAAAAUGGGUUUUGGUUGUUCUUCAUGUAUGAAAUGUACUUACCAAGCUUCUGCUGUGUGUUUGAAAUUAAUUAAGUAGAUAUUUUUCAGUUCUUUCUGUUGCUUGCCAAGAAACUAAGAAAAGGAUUUGCACAACUAGCUUGAUGCUUUGUUAUUUUGCUAUGAACUAUAGCUCAGUAGCUGAUACUCACAAAUGCUUGUAUAUUGGAUGAAAAUGCAUUAAAACUUAUACGUUGUAUUUUAUUUAACUGCCUUGAGAUUUUAGAUUCCUCUUUUUCAGUGAGGGUAUGUUUAUCCAUACCUUCACUGAGAGGACUUGAAUUAACUCUCUGUCUUGAAACUGUUUAAUGGAACCAGUACACAGGUUUCCUAAAUUGCUUUAGGAAGAGGACACAUUUCAGAAAAAAUUACGCUUAUAUUCUUGAGGAAAAAACCCUUCCUAUUCACUUUGUAAUUUGAUUACUCAAUAACACUGAAAGCUUACCAUGGUUUUAUUUACAUUUACAAUGGCAGUUUGAAAAUUACUCUGACAAAAGCUUGCUAGCACAUGAACUGGAAUGAAAUCCUACUUGAGAGUCAGAACUGAGCAGUACCAGUGAAUACUCGUGCAUCUAUUCUGUGCCUAGGUACUGACUGCAUGCAGAAAAAGUCCUGAAGAGUCACAAAUGUGUGUUAAAAUCAUCUAGUCUUUUAGGCUGUCCAACAGCUGAGAGAACACAUGCCUGCAAAUCAGGUCGCCUGGGUUUUAAUCCCAACUGACUGUGUGACUGUGCAAAUCUUGUAACCUCUUUGUGCCUCAGUUCCAAUGAGUUGAAUGGAAAUAUGGUUUUGGGACCUGCCUAUGUCUGUUCUGCUGAGAGGCUUCUCAGGAGGGUUUUGAGGCUGGUGGAUGGCAGGCGUGGUUGGUAUGCUCAGUAAUCUGUUUAAUUCUCACUGAAGGAACCGCAGUAAAAUAUGAACAGUUUUCUGCCACCUACGUAGAAACUGAAUAGCUAACCAAUCUCUUAAGAUAAAAUCUUGACACUGUUGAAUUCUAUGGAAAUCUUGUCAAUGAUUUCAGUGAGGCUUGAAUUUUUAAACUUACAUAAUUUUUGGUCACUAAAUGUGCAGAAAAAAACCACUACGGACAAACCAUCUGAUACACUUUUCCUUCUUACAGUGGUGUGUUGUUGGUCAUGUUUUAGUUUGCACCAUCAGUUGUUUUAAAGCUGUUAUUCUUGAACACCUCGGAGAGGUUCAGUUAAUGCAACUGCUUAUUUAUGCUUUUAUGUAGCAAACUGAGACAUUUGGCAAUUGUGCUGCAAAUUGCCUUUUUGUACUUCUGCUGGUUUUGGUUUUUUUCCUUGGAUGUGACUCAGCUGUUCAAAACUGUUGUUACUGCAGACUUUGACUCUGUCAUGCACAUCUGAUUUAAAAACAAUGAGUUGUAUGUUUUAUGACUACCUUUAUACUCAAAUGGGAUGUUUACAAUACAAUCUGUUUCUCACAUUUGACCCUGUAUCUAUGGCUUCUUACUGAGGUUAUCCCAGUUGGAACAAUGCCAUCAAAAGUACCAGUACUUUGUAAAGUGAACUCUUUCAAAGUAACAGGAUGUAAUUUAUAAACAUUUUCAGAGAUUUUAACAUUAAAAUCUAGCUGAUUUUAAUGCUUACAGAUUGGGUGAAAUUACAAGGAAAUUAUUUGUUCAAAAUUUUGUUUUCCUUAAGCUUGUCUUGACAUUUGAGCUCUCAUUUAAGCAUAAGCUCCCUAUCCUGCAGCUUCAUCUGUGCAUGUAGAAUACAGGUUGGCCUGUGCAGCAGACUGCCAGACUUUGACUGCAGGAAUCUGUCAGUGUGAUCAGGACACAGUAAGCGAUGGAAUUUCCAAAGCCCUAACAAGAGAGCACUUCCUAAUUCUCUCUAAUUCUCUUAGGCAUUCUUGAACAUCACAUAAGAAAUCAUGUUCCUUUCCUAUAUUGACUUAACAAACAACAGCAGGAAUAUUUUACUCCUUUUGAUUUUUUAUUUUGGUUGGUUGUUUUUUUGUUUUGUUUUGUUUUGUUUUUUUAAGGCUAUGCUUACUGUCCAGGCCAUUUUAUCAGAUAUUCAGUCUUGAUGUCUUAUGUCAUGGGAUUGCUUGUUUUGCAAGUGCAGAAAAUCUCACAAGUACACAAAACCAGAGUAUGUUUUGUGACAGAGGGCUUUGGGCACUGCUCAUGCUGUGAAGUUCAUGCUCAUGCUAUGAAGUUCAGUAUUCAAACAAGUCUGUGAGCUCUGACACCUCGUAACAGGAGGUUUUCAUUCCAGUGUAGGACAUCAGAAGAUAACCCAAUUAUUACCAUCCUGUUCUGUUCCCCAGAGAGAAUCUGCUGUCCUCACUGGCUAGAAGUAGAAUUGUACUGAUCCUGAAGUAUCUUUAAACAUCAUUAUAGUAUUUUGUAGUUAUUUUAAAAACUUUUUCAAAGCUAUAGCUUGAGCUCAAAGAAAAGAGUCUUUGAAGUAGCUAUAGGUGUGCCAGGUUGAUUUGGUUGAGUGGCAGCUGCCUUUUCCAGCAAUUUUCUCAGUUGACAUAUGAGCAGUGCUUGAUAGUCCUGCUGGAAAAAACAUAACAUAGCCAUUUUAAUAUGCUUUCCUUGUGUUUUGCCUUACGAUACUGCUUUUUUGUGCACCACUACAUUUAUUUCUGAAGGUCGGUACUUAUAGUGCUAAACGCAAACAGAGCAGUGUUUUCUACUAAAGUCUCUGCCUCAUUUUCUGCUGCCUUAUUUGUGGAGAUUUGAUAUUUGAUAC